CGCCGGCCCAGUCGACACCGCUACAGCCACCACGAUGCAAGCCGUCAAAAACACCAUUGCCGAAAACCUGGGCAACACCAUCUCAGGUGCACACAGCCUCGCGCCCGCAGACCAGCAAUUCUCGCUGGAAGAAGUGCCCGAUCUCAGCGGCAAAGUCGCCGUCGUAACCGGCGGCUCAGAAGGCAUCGGCUACGGCUGCACACACACGCUGCUCUCCAAGAACAUCUCCAAGCUCUUCAUCAUCUCGCUGAGCCAGGACAUUGUGUCCGAAGCCACGGGCGCCAUCGCAAAGGAACUCGGCGAGGACAAGGCCGCACGCGUCGAAUGGCUCAAAUGCGACCUCUCAGACUGGGAGCAGACGGGCAAAGCGGCAUUUGAAAUCGCAAAAAAGACAGACCGCAUCGACAUCUUGAUUAACAAUGCCGCUCGCGGUAUCAUGACGUACCAGCUUGCCACCAACGGCGUCGACCUGCACAUGGCGCUGAACCACAUGGGCCACGUAGUCUUGACUUCGCAUCUACUGCCUGUGCUCAAGGCGACAGCCGAGAAGGGAAAUACAGUACGCUUGGUACAGCUAGGCUCGAAUGCGCAUGAGAAUGCGCCCAAGGACACCAAGUUUGCGUCGCUGGAGGAGCUCAACCAGGAUCUCGGGCCCAUGGCGCAGUACGGCCGCUCAAAGCUCGCUGCGAUUCUGUACGCGCGAUAUCUCGCCCGCCACCUGUCUUCGUCGCAUCCGAAUAUCCUGUCGAAUGCCACGCAUCCCGGUGUGGUUGAGACGCGCCAGUCGUCCGAGCACAUCCACGAGCCGUACCCGCUUGGCGGCUACGCCAUGAGCGUGGGCAUGGCGCCGUUCAAGAAGACGCAGUUUGAAGGCGCCGUCAGCACCAUGUUUGCUGCUACAAAGACGGAAAACACGGGCCAGUAUAUCUGUCCGCCUGCCAUCCCAGAAAAGGGAAGCGACCUCGCGAAUGAUGAGAAGCUGGGUGAGCAGCUCAUGGAGUUGACGUGGAAGAUUGUCAAGGAGAAGACCAAGAGCACCAGUGCGGACAAAGGGUGUCCGUUUAAGGAGUAUUAGAUUUUUUUU